AUGGAUAUGAAGAAGCAGUGGUUCAGUUCAAGAAGUCAAAGGAAAGAAAACAUCAGGUUUGGUCGGAGCAACACAAAACCCCACCACUACCAUGAUGAUGGCACAAGAACAGUGUGGCAGAUGCUCUGGAGAAAACUGAAAGGAGACAGGAAGAAGAAAGUGUUCAGUUCUUCUCCUGCUAGAGGUGAUGGUGUUUAUGAUGAAGAAACAUACUCAAUGAACUUUGAUCAAGGAACUGGGUGGAUGGAGCCUGAUAACAUUCCUCGUUCCUUCUCAGCUCGCUUUGCUGAUCCUUCUUGGAUCUCACCAUCAAAACUUGAUUGGUGA